AUGACGCAGAGUGCAGCUUUAAGUAAAGUAUUCAAGAAUGUGCUACUACCUGUAUUAUACGUAUCAGGAAGGAUGUCUAGGAGGACCGUCUCCGGAAGAGCAGUUGUAGCAAGUUUUAUCAUCCUACAUUGGGCUGGGGCAACAAAAAAAGGAGCAGAAAAGCAAGCCACUUCAGAAGGACAAAAGACAGUGCAGUGUGGAACGUGGACAAAAUACCCAGAAGGAGGCAUCUUCACUUCUCCCAAUUAUCCCAACAAGUAUCCUCCUGACAGAGAGUGUGUCUACAUUAUAGAAGCUGCCCCAAGACAAUGUAUUGAAUUACAUUUCGAUGAAAAAUAUUCUAUAGAGCCUUCUUGGGAGUGUAAAUUUGAUCAUAUCGAAGUGCGGGAUGGACCUUUUGGCUUUUCCCCCAUCAUUGGUCGUUUCUGUGGAGAACAAAAUCCACCGAAAAUAAAAUCCAGUGGCAGAUUCCUGUGGAUUAAAUUUUUUGCUGAUGGUGAACUUGAAUCUCUGGGAUUUUCUGCACGAUACAAUUUCACGCCUGUUUAUGCAACUCUAACAAGAUGUGGAGACCCGGCAAAUCUCUUUGUAUACAAUGCUGAGCUCUCUGUGAUCUGCGUGGAGAAGUGCCCAGCCAAAAACAGGGAGAAACGGGACAAAGAUAUGAAAGACAGAGAAAGAGAAAGGAAGGAGGUUCACUAUUUUUACAUGGUAUUGGUGAACUGGGUGCUAGACAUUGUCUUUGGAAGUUCUCGUGGAGAAAAUGUAUUGUCAUUUCUCUUCAGCACUGUGUAA